UGUCGCGGCGGAAGGAUCGCGGUCGCUGGCACUGAGGCAAACGGUCAGGAGCAGCAGCAGCAGCAGCAGCAGCAGCAGCGGCGGCGGCGGGUUUUGCUGCGAGUUGUUGUUUCCUCCUCCUCCUGCCCGGGGCUCGAAUGGUGGAGCUCCGACUCUCGUUGCUGCUGAAGAAACCGUGACAGCCACUGGGGGAGCGUGCUUUUCAGCUGCAGGGCCCCAUCGCCGAGGAGCUCGGCCUGAGCGAGCCGGGCUCCUCCGCUCGCCAUGUCCGGGGACGGCGGCUCCAGCAGCGGCGGCAGGCACUCGGCGGAGCUGCGAGCGGAGCUCUAUUUCCUCAUCGCUCGCUUUCUCGAGGACGGACCCUGCCAGCAAGCCGCGCAGGUCCUGAUCCGAGAAGUCGCCGAGAAGGAGCUGCUGCCCAAGCGCACGGACUGGACUGGAAAGGAGCAUCCCAGGAGCUACGAGAGCCUAGUAAAAUAUUAUAGACACUUGGCACCUGAUCAUCUCCUGCAAAUAUGCCAUCGACUUGGACCUCUUCUAGAGCAAGAAAUUCCUCAAAGUGUCCCAGGAGUUCAAACACUAUUAGGAGCUGGAAGACAGUCUUUGCUCCGCACAAAUAAAAGCUGCAAACAUGUUGUGUGGAAGGGUUCUGCUCUUGCCGCAUUGCAUUGUGGGAGACCUCCAGAGUCACCAAUAAAUUAUGGCAGUCCUCCCAGUACAGCUGAAACUAUCUUUUCAAGAAAACUUAAUGGAAAAUACAGACUGGAACACCUUAUUCCAACUGCUGUGUAUCAGCAUAUGAAAAUGCAUAAGCGAAUCCUGGGACAUUUGUCUUCAGUGUAUUGUGUAACUUUUGAUCGGACUGGUAGACGGAUAUUCACAGGUUCUGAUGACUGUCUUGUGAAAAUCUGGGCAACAGAUGAUGGACGUUUGCUUGCUACUUUAAGAGGGCAUGCAGCCGAAAUAUCAGACAUGGCUGUUAAUUAUGAGAAUACCAUGAUUGCUUCAGGGAGCUGUGACAAGAUGAUCAGAGUAUGGUGUCUACGAACAUGUGCUCCUUUGGCUGUUCUACAAGGACACAGUGCAUCUAUAACAUCUCUACAGUUUUCUCCCCUGUGCAGCGGCUCAAAGCGAUACUUGUCUUCAACUGGUGCAGAUGGCACAAUAUGUUUUUGGUUGUGGGAUGCUGGCACACUUAAAAUCAAUCCAAGGCCAACAAAGUUUACAGAACGGCCAAGACCUGGAGUCCAAAUGAUCUGCUCUUCAUUUAGCGCUGGUGGAAUGUUUCUGGCCACCGGAAGUACAGAUCAUAUCAUUAGGGUUUAUUUCUUUGGAUCAGGUCAGCCAGAGAAGAUAUCAGAGUUGGAGUUUCAUACUGACAAAGUGGACAGCAUUCAGUUUUCUAAUACCAGUAAUCGAUUUGUGAGUGGAAGUCGUGAUGGAACAGCACGUAUCUGGAUGUUCAAGAGAAGGGAAUGGAAAAGCAUUUUACUGGAUAUGGCUACCCGCCCCUCAGGACAAACCCUACAAGGAGUAGAAGACAAAAUUACAAAAUUGAAAGUCACUAUGGUGGCAUGGGAUCGUCAUGACAACUCUGUUAUUACUGCAGUUAACAACAUGACUUUGAAAGUUUGGAAUUCCUUCACUGGUCAACUUACUCAUGUUUUACUGGGUCAUGAAGAUGAAGUAUUUGUACUUGAAAGUCACCCUUUUGAUCCCAGGGUUCUCUUCUCUGCUGGUCAUGAUGGAAAUGUUAUAGUAUGGGAUUUGGCAAAGGGAACAAAAAUUCGUUCAUACUUCAAUAUG